CAGCCAUCACUCCUUUUGUGUCGGGCUCUCUUCUUCACUUGAAUGUGUUUCUUAUCUUCUCCAGGGCUGAGGUCACUCUUUGUGUCGGCAGGAGUCUGCACUCGUUCCUUUCAGUCCUGGCAAGAAAAAGCAGGAAUUCUAAAAAGCAGCAAUGAUCACUCCUGGCUCCUUUGUACAGCCCAGUAAAUAAUUCAUCUGGAUUUGAGGGGUCUGACACUGAGAAAGUAUUGAACCUUGCUGUCACCGGCAGCCUCUGCGUGCAGAACUUGAAUACAGCGGGGAAGAGAAACGUGUCUUUGAAAUCAGAGACGCCUUUGAGUGACCUGAGAACACAGGUAGAAGUGCUGGAGACGGAUGGACAGCAGACAGACAGAGUAUUUUUAAGGCACGUAAAGGUCAUCUCUGAGGUUUCCACAUACACAGCCCGCCUGCUUUGCAGCUGGGAUCUGGGAACAGCCAGCUUUGGACUUGGAAACCAGCAGGCGAGGUCCUAGCUAGGGCCCUUCCCAAGUCCCUCCUGCUGCACUCAAUACCUGGAUUAAACAAAGAAAAUUGUGUCUGCCAGGCUCACUAGCUGAAGUCACAAGAUUCCGAGUAUCAUGCGGCACUCUGGAAUUCCUACAAAAACUCAUCAGAAGGGGUGCACUUCGCGCCCCACGGAAACGGCUGUGCACCGGGCUUUCCAGAUAAAAACUUUUAGCACCGAGUUGAAAAACCAUGUGAUGGUCAUGGAUUUCGUGAAGAGUAACUGGUUCCCUUCCCAGAGAAGAGCCAAAGUUUGCAUCAUCCAUAUGUAUCAAGGCCUGAAGACAGCUGAGCAGACAGCUAGCCGAUAUGAGAUCCACAGUCGGCUCUUCUCGUCCCCCAAAGAUCAUUCUGCUUGGGAAAGAAAUGAAGGUCUUUCAAAUGCAGCCAAAAACAUCCUUGUCAUUAACAGACCUUUGAAACUGAGUCAAAUGUCUUUGAAACGCCAGUGGAAUAUGAUAAAACUCUCCGAGGAAGGAUUACGGAACAACCGGUACAGUACAAAUGAUCAAAUUGCCCUUAAAAAUCUUCAGCCUGAUGUUACAGAGAAGAAAUCUGACUUCACCGAGGAGACUCUGGCAUCGCAAAACACAAAAAUGAUUUCAUCCCUAGUCAUUUCACAGCUGAUUGAUGAGAAUAAAUCAAAGGCAAACAGGGCCGCGCUGCCCGCGCCCUGCGCGCCGGCUCUGCACGCGCACCCGGCCAGGCCAUCGCGGGUGAACCGCAGCGGGGUCUCCAUCAGCCGGGCGUUCGCCCUCCUUCCCGGGGGCAGGCUGGGCACUCAGACGCCGGCGGAGGAGCCAGGACCUGACACGGAGCUGCGACCCAACGAGGAGAAGCCGUGCAGCGGCUCCCAAAGGGGCUUUGCGUCCAUCACCAUCACGGCCAGGCGCGUGGGCCCCCCAGCCAGCACCCUGGCGUGGGAGGCCGUGGGGGACCCGCGGUGCACCGAGUGCCGGGCCCAGGGCGCUCUGCUGCGGGACCCCUUUGCCCCGGUUGGGGCUGCCGAUCCCCGUCGGCACCAGGGACCGUUCCCCUGCGCGGAGUUCUCCAGAAACUGCUCUGUGGUGAGGGUGAAGGCGCGCGACGCGGACCCCCCGCUGUGCGAGGGUCGACAGUACUGGAUCACCGAUGUGGACAACCGAGAGAACAGUUUUCCUCCAGGCGCCCCGCGGUCGGGAAAGGCGCCGCUGGUGUUCAGCUCCUGCGUCCAUGUCAGGGUGUCUCAGCAGUGCCCGAAUUCCAUUUACUAUCUAGACCGGUCCCUCUCCGUCCCCAUUGAGCAACCUCCGCUUGCUGGCCCUAAAAUGCACAGGUCGGUCCUGUCCCUGAGCCUAAACUGCAGUUCGCACGGGUUGACACCAGAUGGAGCAGACGGCACAGCUAAGGAAGGGCCAAUAUGCCGUGCCUUGAAGCAGGAGCUUGCGAAGGGAAACCGGAACCUCCUAGGCCCCCGCUGGAACCCAGGUUUGCAAGGAAGCUUCUUGAAGGAAAACCCGUCCUUGGAGCAGGUGCAUUUGGGGUCCCGCACCUGUCCUUGGAGGGGCUCCCGUCUGUUGGAAAAUGAAGCAUUCUCGGGUGUGGGAGUUCACCAGGUGACUGUAAGAAAAGGGCAAGAGGACGACACGACUGGGCACAUGGCUCGCUGUACCAACCAACUGUCCAUUCACAUCCCUGGCUGGAGUUACACAGCAGGUGAGUGA